AUGCCUCUGCCGAACGAGCGAAAGGCGAGCGGCGUGAGCUCCCUCAUCCAGCUCUUCAAGGAAAAGGAGCGCCAGGAGCAGAACGACGCACAAAAGCUCAAGCCUCGCUCCAGCCUCGAUCCUCCGCCGAUCAGGAGCGCCAGACCCGUCUCGCCAGCCUUCGCCCUGCCAUAUGGCGUCGCUCCCGAGGUAGCGGCGCCAACAGAGCGAGUAGAUGCUGCGGGACCCGCCAGUAGUGACGUGACCAAGCCACCCUCGGAAGCUGAAGCCGUCUCUGCGGCGAGCCAAAAAGUCGUGGAGGCCAAAGACGCCAGGACGGAAGCCAGAGCUGAGCAAAGCGCGGACGACGGGAGCAGCCCCGUCCCGCCGAAUGGGCCUGCUACCUCGCUCACCGAAGGCGUCGAAGGUGAGCCAGGCCCCCCGUCCACUGCCUCGCGAGAGACUGCAACGGCCGAGGAGCCGACCGAGCUCAAGCUCGAAACAGGACAUGCACGCGAGCAGGAAAAGUCUGCUGGCAGCGGCAUACAGGCAGCCAAGCCGACCAACUCGACCAAGCCUGAGGCUACGGAUCUUGCGGGCAGAGCCGCCAAGCAGCCGCCGGAGGCCAAGACACCUUCCCGUCGUGGCGGCUUCAUGGCUCCCACUGCCAGCUCAGCAGCUCGAGCAGCGAGCAACACCCCGGCCCGCAAGUCGUCCGACUCGCCGAGGAAGGCCCCCACACCGUCCAGCAAGGCAAGGAUAUCCACGGAUCGCACUGCGAGCCCGGCAACGUCACCGCUGGCCGCAAAAGCCAGCCUGGAUCGGAGACAGCAAGCCGUCGUGUCCCCGAGCCCCAGCAGAGCCAAGGUCACGAAGUCGAUGGUGUCCAAACCGGCCGCGGCUGGCGACAGGUCAAGGAAGCAAAGUUUGGCAGGCUCCGGUCCUCGUCAGGCCCCGCCUGCUCCUCGGCGAUCCCAGGAUCAUCACCGGACGGAAGAGGCACCUAUAGCCAGGAUCACCCUGGCCAGCAAGGCGAUUUCCACCGUAGCUACGGAGCCGUCCGACGACGCGAGCGGCCGCGCGGACAAUACAGUGCGGCCCGUUGGCCGCAAUGGAGCGAGUCCCACGACGGACGACCCUCGUCGGGCGGCUGAAGUUGAACCGAGCGAGUCUGGACGUAGCGGGAUGACUUUUGGAGAGGAGGACUCGACGAGCAUCGGCACCAGAGACGAGAUGGCCAGCUCCCGCGCCACCAGUGCCUCGGGCGAGAGCGAGCAUGGACGAGGCGAGAAGCCCGACGACGGCCCGAUGACUGCCAAGCUGUCGCAGGAUGGGUUCCAGCUGCCGGGCGAGGCCACGGCAGUCAUAUGA